AUAUACUAGAAGAAGGAAGGCGAUGGAUGAGCUGCUAACUAGUCGAGGGAAGUCGAAUGAUGAUGCGGACGAGGAGAUGAGCGACCAUUCUCAGCUAUGUGAUCUACCCGAUGAGACUCUUCACCAAAUCCUUUCUUUCCUUCCAGCAAAAGACGCAGUCGGGAUGAUCAUGGUAUCAAAGCAAUGGGAAUCCUUGUGGAGGUCCCUUCCGAAGCUUGAAUUCCAUGAGAAGCAAUUCCAUCAAAGGGAACUCUUCCUGAACUUCGUGGACAGAACUCUCCAUCUUCGUGACUUGAACUCAUCCAUACAAAAAUUUUCGCUCUCAUGUAAAGUACGCUGCGAUUCAUGUCGAGUGUGCUGCAAUGCAUCUCGCAUCGCAAAAUGGAUUACUGUUGCUAUAAAGUGCGGUGUUCAGGAGUUUCACUUGUCUCUUGAGGACAAGGUGCAUCUGCAGGUGCUGCCUUCAUGCAUUUUUCGGAGUGAAACACUGAGGAAGUUUCAUCUAAACUGGUCGGGUAUUCUCAGAAUUCCAUCUCCAGUUCAUCUUCCAAGUCUUAAGGACCUUACUCUUAUGGAAGUUGAGUUCACAGGCGACGAUGAAUCAACCCGGAAGCUGCUUUCUUCUCCUUCCCUUGAGAGGUUGUCCAUUCAUUACUCCAGCGGGAAUAAUCAAAGUUUGCACGUGCUGCCAUCAUGCAUUUUUUGGAGUGAAACACUGAAGAAAUUUCAUCUAAAAAUGCCGGGUAAUCUCAGAGUUCCAUCGCAAGUUCAUCUUCCAAGUCUUAAAGACCUUACUCUUGAGGGAGUUGAUUUCAUAGAUGACGCAUCAACUCCAAAGCUGCUUUCUUCCCCUUCUCUUGAGAGGUUGUCUCUUCGUAACUGCAACUGGAAUCAUCUGAAGGCCAUCAUUGUUGCUCCUCCUUUGUUGCGUGAUUUUUCAAUACAUUAUUUACCUGGGUCGUCGAAUAUAGGCGCAGACGCACAUUUCCACGACCCCGCCAUAGUAAUCUAUGCACAAGAUCUACUGCAAUUUUGUUAUGUAGGUGUACUGCCGAACAGAGUUGUCCUAUCUGGCUCGCCGUUGCUAGAUGAGGCUGAACUUUGCUUAACUGAUUUUGCACCGGGCUUGGGAGACUUUGACGUCUGUGGGCAUGUUCAUAAUCUCCUGAGCGGUGUUUUCAGGGUAAAGAAACUUAUUUUAUCUUCUACAAUGAUCCAGGAUUUCAAUACAGGGAAAGAUCCCUUAGGCGGCAUUCCUUUGUUCAUUAAUUUGACCAUGUUGAAGUUCGCCAAAGGCUGUAUCUUCUUAGAAUGGAAGCCAUUCGCUUCGUUACUUGGAAGAUGUCCCGCCCUCAAAACUCUCGAAUUUUAUGAGGGAUGCAAGCUGCACAUGAAGCCAGAGGGAUAUCAAGAUCCAUUGCCCCGCCUUUUCCUACCAUUCCUUGAGAAUAUCACCAUCCGCCAAUUUACUGGGGAAGAUGGUGAGCUACUCGCUUUGGGUAUUUUGCUUAGGAGUACUCUGGCAUUGGAGGAAGUGAUUCUAAGCUACGACAGGAACGUGCUGAUGAAGAGAGAGCUCCUCGAUGAAAACUACUUCAGCAAGCUCCCCAGGGCUUCGGCGAUUUGUAAAUUUCGUAUAAAGCCCCAAUUCCGUUAGAUUUGAGAUUGAGACAUCAUUAUUCUUUCUCAUACUUUAUUUGGCCAUUACGUAUCGGUCAGUACACUAUCAAGUUAUGCUAGCAACUGAGAUUUAAUUUUUUUUCUUCUUGCUUUGAUUUGUAC